CAUCUUACCGGGGUUCUUCCUGUGGGGCCUUUCUGCCUUUUUCUCAAAACGUUGGCAACGUUAUUUAGUUUGAUGGCUGCCAUCAUGGUGUGGGUGUCUGCUACUGGUACUCGCUCGCGCGGCCAUCCGCCUGCACAACGAUCGACUACUCUCUUGAGACCCUCUCCGUUUUGCUGCCUCUUUGGCACUGGCUCGUCGGUCUGAUCUGGUGUACUAUGCUUUGAGCGGCUGCACGCCGCUACGACGAUCGGCGCACGACCUAUCGUUACCAUUAACGCGACCACUUCUGCUGCCGUUGCCCAACUCUGCUCUCUCCAUUCGGUCUCUUCUUACCCUCUACGACUCCAAACACGUAGACGGAUAAACGGAGACAUACAGACUAGACUACGCAUCCUGCACUGCUCCCCUCGGCGCGGCUGGCGGCUGUGGCCCAUCCGUGCGAAGGUCCGGCCGCUGCCAACCUCGGGAUUUCCUCCUUUCUCCGUAUUUUCCUGCUCUCUUGCCCCUCCCCCUCGCCUAGGCCCUCUCCGCCAUUUUCUCUCGCGCGAUCUCACACUAGGCCGCUGGCUCGUCACACUGGCCAUCGUCCGAACUGCCUGCUGCUGCUACUGCUGCUGCUGCUGCUACUGCUGCUGCUGCUGCUGCUGCUACUACUGCUGCUACUUCCUUCCAUUGCCUGUAUCGACGAUGUUGGAGUUGAGUUGGCUGCGCGUCCAUCGCCAAUGACGAAGGUACUCGGUGCUCGCUACUCUUCCGCCUGUAUUGAUGACGAUGUUGCUUCUAUGGUAAGGACAAGUCGGGUGGCCAUUUGACUGAUUAUAGAGGAAAUCGUAAAACCAAGCGUUUUCGUGUAAUGGUCUACCGUCGUAGUCAUGGUACCGAUGGUCUCGGAGGUAAUGCACUGUUUGUGUAUUGCUGGUGAAGCUACUGCUGCUGUUAGCAGCUGGAACCGGAGCCGCGACCGUCGUUCCGUGCGCUGCAACAUCGCCACCGUUAUGAAAGGAACGGCGUCGUGUUGAUCGUCCUACGAAGUAUGGUUUUCUACAUUUGGCAACUAAGCUUUCUCGACUACCCACUGUGUGCGUCAGUAGCCAACCUUCACGAAGUAUUGAGCUCUGAGCGUCCAGCAGUCAACUAAGACAAUCUAUAUGCUGUUCAUCUGUUUGGAAGACGGCAAUGGCAUGUUCGAGGAUAGGACCAUAAGCAUAAUGCCGCAAAUCAAGUCAGUGGUAAACUUACAGUGGCAAGAAAACUAGCCAGAGUGAGAGACCUGAUUGGCAACGUUCGUCGGCAACGAUCGGCGACGAUUAAAAAGGCGUCAUCCACAGUUACGGUCAAGGUGCGAGCCGUAAGCCGUACCAGCGUACAGAUAACCACAGCAGUAGUCGGUAUUCUUUCGCUUCUAAUCUCUACUCGAGUAGGCGAGGUAUCAACUAGCGCCAAUAUGCUUUCGGAAGGCUUUCCGCCGUGACUCUGCUGCGGCCGCUGACUAACCGGGUCGUGACAGCCAAGAAGCUAAAAAGUGCGGUGAAAGGUUGAUAAUGGCGUGACGACAACUGAGUACAUCAGCUAACUGCGACGACCGACACCAAUAACGAAGGCAUGAAGAAAACUCACGAGAAUCAUCUUUGAUAUCCGAAGCGACAUCGCUGGACGCCCUCGACAGCUACCCAACGCAGGUAUUCGGACAGAGCGGACCCAGUGAAAAGCUUCUGAACGGCGUCAAAAUACAUCUACCCACCCCAAAAAAGCACGAGAAGUGACAGCGACAAAAAUCACUUCAAGCAGUAAACGAUGGAAAAAAAUGUAGGUAUUUAGCGACGCUUCGAAAGGUUUUCGUUAACGGGUAAUGCCAAUGAACGACUAGAGGGUUGCUGAAAAGCUAGAGUCGAGGUCCAGGUCAACUGCGCCGUCCUGUCGGAUCGGCCUGCAUACACCAUCUGUAGGCUGGUUAUCAAACACUGGAAAAAAGAUAAACGAAAAGAAUCAAAUAUAAGACGGCGGCCAGAUGCACGUAGACGCCAAGAUAGCAAAUAGAAAUUUCACGAAACAGCCGCAUUAGAAGUGGCUCUAUGCAAAGAGAAAGCUGGCCUACGCCAAAUAUCAAAACCACUAUCGGAUAAAGUAGACUGUCUUACUGACAACGCUGACGUUAGACAACUAUUGGCGGCUUGGCCCCCUAUGGACGCCUAUAAAGUCUAUAGUUUUUAAUUGCAUCCCGCGCUACGGGUGCGAGAUCCAUUUUGUCCAGCUGCCAGUGUUCGCAUCUGUUUGCCUAUAUGUUUAAUAGCAGAAUUUCGAAAAACGAGAAUAAACUGCAACCGCAGGACUCGUCUAUACCCCGCCUAAAAUUUAAUAUUAUCGUUAUCGCAUAAUAAUUAAUUGAUUUUUGGAUCGGUGAUUCAGUUUAUGCAGUAAACAAAAAAAAAAAGAUCAAAAAAUAUGUUCUCUAAAAAGAAAGUUCAGCCAAUUGGUGAGUUCUAGGUGAACAACGAACAAGACACGUGGAACGACCUAAAAAGAUCUGGACGUCCUAUUUGGUUCAGACCCAUUCCCUAACCCAGACUUGUUUGGGCUAACGACUCAAUGCUACAGCGCAAAAGUGGCGGACCCAGCUGGUUGAGCUAUCAGUUCACGGAGCGAUGGAGGAGUGCUGGCAACAAGAAGAGAGAACCAAAAUCUCUAUUCGCGACAAUAUCGUCGUUUGCUCACAACAAAACAACUGUCAAUUACAACUGCAACGUCCAGCUGCAGUCAUAGUUACGGGAACGUUAUUCUGAUUGCUCCCAGCCAUCACUUCCUGUUUCUAGCAGGACGUCUAAAAGUUACGUUCGGUUACCAUUGCAGCCCCGCGGAGCAGCGACAAGUACUGUAGUAUGAGAAAUUAGAAGCAAAAGUGAUAAAGAAAAAAGUGGACCAUCAGCAACGAGGGAAAACAGUAAGCGGAUCCUAUAUAGAAGAAGGAAAUUAAGGAAAAAAAAAUAAAAGAGGGCCAAAUAAUAAAAACGGGUGAGUUCUCUUCGCUAAGAAGAAACUAACUAAUUAAUAGGGGAGUGAAGAACUGGCUUGUCGAACCCUCAUAUGCCCCUGUCCCGUAAUUAAUUAUCGUCGAGCUUUCUGGUUGGUCAAUUGCAUAGUUUCAUAGAAAGACUCGACAGGUAUCAUUGUUGCCACGUCCGCAUGCGUGCCAAUCGAGAAACACCACAGCGUGUACUAAGAAAGUGCUCGCCCACCUCCGCCCACCAGUAGAAUUCACAAUGGCUUUGUUGUGCAAAAUGUUCCAGCGAGUGGAGUCACGAAAGUGCGCCGCCUAUGGAGCACAACAGGGACUGUGAGAAAUCGUGAAGUCGCAACAAAAUAGGCAAAUCGCAAGCGAGCAAUAAAACAGGAAGCAAAGUAGCCAGGCACAUAUAAAACAAGAUCAAGAAACGAAAGUUUAACGGGGACUGUGAGCACGACCAGAAAAGAAAAGCUCCCAUCAGAACAUCAAGUAAACCACCCAGUUUAUGUUGGCAACUAUCCGAUCCUUCCGUUCCCUCGGAGCAAUCGCUAGACGUUUGAUUCGUGCAGAAGGAUCUCGGUCGCAGUCUUUGAAACCCGUCAUUUACGCGUCUGCUUACGGCAUUCCCAUCAUUGGUCAAAGCAGUUCGUUCGGUCUCCUCGUAGCGUCUCGUCUACGAUACUGUGUUAUAUUGCGGAAUGAAGACAGCCGUGCGCUGUUCAAAUUCGUACAAGAUUGGUUUACUGCGACUGAGCGAUUCUCUCGGAGCAUGACGUUGACUAGUUGCCGUCAGCCGUAUAGUUGUGGUGUUGCUGCCGCAGCUUCCGUCAAGUGCACUAUUGUAUGUUAACAGGGCGCGUGUAUCUGUUUAAGCCUACCGCUCUAAUACAACAAAAGCGACAUCAUGGCGGACCUGGAAGCCGUCUUGGCUGACGUCUCUUACCUUAUGGCCAUGGAGAAGUCGAAGUCGACGCCCGCUGCGAGAGCAAGCAAAAAGAUCGUUCUUCCGGACCCCAGUGUUCGAAGUGUCAUGCACAAGCACUUGGAGAAGAUGGGAGAAGUAACAUUCGACAAGAUCUUCAACCAGAAGCUCGGAUACCUCCUUUUCAAAGACUUCUGCGAAAAUAUCUGCGACGAACAGGUAGCACAACUCGCUUUUUAUGAAGAGAUUAAGAAAUACGAGAAGCUUGAAACUGUGGAAGAGCGACGUGCCGCGGCCCGGGAAAUCUACGACAAUUACAUCAUGAGAGAGCUGCUAUCGCAUACCCAUACAUACUCGUUGGAAUCGGUGGCUCACGUGCAGAAAUAUCUCAUGCGAAACGAGGUUCCAGUCGGGCUAUUUCAGCCAUACAUUGAAGAGAUCUUUUCCGCUUUGCGGGGAGAUAUCUUCGCCAAGUUUAUCGAAAGUGAUAAAUACACAAGAUUCUGCCAAUGGAAAAAUCUGGAAUUGAAUAUUCAAUUGAGUAUGAACGACUUUUCGGUUCAUCGAAUAAUCGGACGAGGAGGCUUUGGAGAGGUUUAUGGGUGUCGCAAAGCAGAUACUGGUAAAAUGUACGCGAUGAAGUGCCUCGACAAGAAGCGAAUUAAAAUGAAGCAAGGCGAAACAUUAGCUCUCAACGAACGGAUUAUGCUGUCGCUCGUCUCCACUGGCGAGGAUUGUCCAUUUAUCGUCUGUAUGACCUAUGCCUUCCAGACGCCAGAUAAGCUGUGUUUUAUCCUGGACCUGAUGAACGGUGGCGACUUACACUAUCAUCUAUCGCAACACGGAGUUUUCACCGAAAACGAGAUGCGCUUUUACGCGGCUGAGGUAAUCCUGGGUCUGGAGCACAUGCAUCGCCGCUAUGUUGUCUACCGCGACCUGAAACCCGCCAAUAUCCUCCUUGAUGAAAACGGCCACGUCCGAAUCUCCGAUCUCGGCCUCGCUUGUGAUUUCUCGAAAAAGAAGCCGCACGCAUCGGUUGGCACGCAUGGUUAUAUGGCCCCUGAAGUGCUGUCGAAGGGUACGGCCUACGACUCUUCCGCCGACUGGUUCUCCCUAGGCUGUAUGCUCUAUAAACUGUUAAAAGGGCAUAGCCCUUUUCGACAACAUAAGACCAAGGACAAGCACGAAAUCGAUCGGAUGACCCUCACAAUGAAUGUCGAACUACCGGAUAGCUUCUCACCCGAACUGCGCCACCUUCUUGACGGCCUGCUUCAUCGAGACAUUGAGAAGCGGUUGGGCUGUCGUGGAUUAGGCGCGGACGAGGUGAAAAGUCACCCGUUUUUUUCUGGUUUGGAUUGGCAGCUAGUGUACCUACAAAAAUAUCCCCCGCCCCUGAUCCCACCCAGGGGGGAGGUAAAUGCGGCAGAUGCAUUUGACAUCGGGUCGUUCGACGAGGAAGAUACGAAAGGGAUCAAACUAACUGAAGCGGAUCAAGAGCUGUACAAAAAUUUCCCCGUCGUUAUUUCGGAACGGUGGCAACAGGAAAUAGCUGAGACCGUGUUCGAGAACGUUAACCAAGAAACCGAUAAGAAAGAACUUAAAAACAAGGCAAAGAGCAAGGUAAAAUUUGACGAAGAAAAGGAGUCAGACUGCAUCGUUCAUGGCUACAUAAAGAAACUUGGAGGACCUUUUGCCUCAGCGUGGCAAACCAGAUACGGUAAACUCUAUCCCAACAGAUUAGAGCUGCACAGCGAGUCGGGGAAACCGGAUCUGAUAUUUAUGGAUCAGAUUGAAGAUGUCGCUUCGGAUUAUGUAACAGUUAAGAGCGAACAAUGUAUUGUAUUACGGAUGCGCGAUCGGGCCGAAAAAGAAAAAGACGCCCGUAUAGUCCUAACGAAUCAGGAUGAAAUAGGCCUAAAGGAAUGGCUGAUUUCAUUAAAGUCAACCCACAAGAAUUCACUUGAGCUUUUGUCCUCAAUGGCAAAGAAAGCAGGAAAAAUCUACGGCACAACGAAUGAAGCCAAUUCGACAAGCAGCAAACCGACACAGACAUCGAGCUCGACUCUAUCGACAGUAUCGGCCACGUCUGUCAUUAUGAUGUCCGGCAUCGCAACGUCAUUAUCGUCAUCAAAUUCACAGGCAGCGGUCACAGCGUCAAAUUCCCAGCCAGCUGCACAUGGAAACGGCAGUAAUUAGGUCGAAGAUGGAACGAGGAUUUUUUUCCUGACCUGCGGUACCUCGCAGAAGGGCCAAAGGUGUCAAAUUACCACUUUCACUGAGUUCAUUGCCAAAUAUCGUGACGCCGUCCACGGGCACGUGUUCAUCCGUUGUUCCUAAGAGCCGAUGGUAAUCAAUCAGUGAGCAAAGGAAUACCUGACCGGGUCAAUAACGUCGUUAACGAAGUGUGGAGCAAGGGCCGAAAGGAGAAAAUAAGGGAAUUCUACAAUGUAAGAGAGAAUUGUGUCUUCGCAUAGUGUGGAGCUUGUGGACUUGCAUUACCUCACAGAUGUUGACAGUCGCCCUAGGCUGGACCGCAAACGAUGUGACACAGGCAAAGAAAACCUUUGUAAAAGUAAAAUCAGAUAUUGGCCUCCACUUAUCCACGAGUAAUGGGCAUCGCAUAGCGGCACGUAUAAAAUGGAUUUCUCAGCUUCUGUCGCCAGACAAAGAUCACAAUCACAAGUCAAGGGUAGGCAGCAAAGGACGUUUCAACAGUUUGAAGAAAACUGAGAACGACAAAAAGAGAGCGCUACAUAAAGAAAGAGCAACAAUCUCGUAAUAUAGCUAUAUUACAUAGACGUUGGAGAAGAUGAACUAAGAUAGAAACGUAAGAAGCAAGCACUAUAGGUAGAAUAUGCAGAAAUCUAUAAGGCAAGAACUAGCUAUAUUGAAAGACAACGCUAAUCCUGCAAGAAGACGGAAGUGAAGGGAAUAAAUAUGCGACACUACAUAGAGUUACAGACGCUGAUAAAGACGAAGUGGCUACACGUGAUGAAAACAGACAACAAAAACCAGCCACCGCUUACUAGCAUGGUAGCAUUACUAGCGCAUGAGGUAGCACAGGCGAUGAUCAAAUGGGUGAGGAACGUGAAACAGAAGCAGUGUUUACAGGGAUGCAUCAAACCCGGGUCCAUUCGUUCGUCCUAGGUAGCGACGAUAGACCCACAGAGACCAAACAAGUCUACCACAUCAUCCUUCAUAUAUAAAUGACGGUAAUAUAUGGGUAUGUGUUCAGUUGAAAAGAAAAUCACAACGAUGAACACGUUGUUGACAGAACAACAAUAUACAAACAACAAACCAAGCAAACAAACAAAUAUAAUAGUAUACUUCCGCAAAACCGACGCAGAGAGAGA